CAUUUAGCUAGCUAAGGAUUCAACACAGCCUACUGCAAGCACAUGCGGUACAUCAUUCUACAUUAGGCGUUUCGCGUCAAGAGAAUAAAACUGGCUGUCCGGGUUGUAGGCAUUGUGCAUGGCAUUUAUUCCCACAAAACCAAAGCGGCAGAAGUAGUAACGACGUCGACGAAGGACUCACAAUCUGAAACUCCCGUCGCUUUCCACGCAAUGGCGUGUCGGCACAAGCAGUUCAUCAACACAGUGGGGACAUGCGUCGAUGAAAUGUUGCAAGGGGUGGUAGCCGUCAAUCCAGCCGUCGCAUUGCUCAAAGGUCACAGGGUCAUACUGCGAGCGGACAUCGCAAAGUAUAAAACUGCUGGGAAAGUUGCCGUGCUGUGCGGUGGCGGAUCAGGGCACGAGCCGUUUGCGUCAGGAUAUGUUGGAUGCGGCAUGUUGACUGGUGCUAUAGCUGGCUCGGUCUUUGCAUCGCCUCCUGCCAGUGACAUCCUCGCCGCCGUACGAGCUGUUGCCACCUCAGCCGGAGUUCUUCUCAUCGUGGCCAACUACACGGGCGACCGGAUCAACUUUGGCAUUGCCGCUGAGAAGGCCAAAGCCCUGGGCAUCAACAUCGAGACGGUCACAGUGGCUGAGGAUAGCGCCCUCACCAGUGUGGAUAAGACAGCUGGGAGACGCGGAUUGUGCGGGAUCAUUCUGAUACAGAAGAUAGCUGGAGCGAUGGCAGAAGAGGGUCGCACGCUGCAGGAGAUAGUGGAAGCCACAAGCAAGGCCGCCAAAUCUAUGGGAACCAUUGGUAUUAGUCUUUCACCCUGUCACGUGCCCGGGUCGGGUGCCACUUUCCAGCUGGGGGACGAGGACAUGGAGUUGGGCCUUGGAGUUCACGGGGAACCAGGCGUGAAACGAAUGAAGGUCUGCCGGGCGGACAUCAUAACGGCAGCCAUGAUUGAUCACAUGACGGACAAAGCCACCAGCAGUCAUAUAGAUGUGCACUCAGGGGAUCACGUCCUGGUGUUGUUAAACAAUCUGGGCGGGACGUCCACCCUCGAACUGUUCCUAAUGGUGCACUCGAUCAUCCGAUUGCUUGAAUCUAAGGGUGUUGUUGUGGAGCGAGUGAUGGCAGGUCAUUUUAUGACGUCAUUGGACAUGGCGGGUCUUUCGUUGACCAUCAUGCAUCUUGAUGAAGAGCGGAAGUGGUGCAUUGAUAAGGAGACAAAUGCAUUUGCCUGGCAGAGAAGCAAUGUCUUGACAGAUCAGGACGCCCUCUCUCAGCCGCAUGGAUUAAGUGUCGUUGAGUUCAAGGAGGAGAACGACGCAGCAGAGAGCCGCAGCCAAGAAGAGUUCGCGUCCGGUACGAAAUCAGCUCCUCCUUGCGAAACACCGGAGCGUCUGGUGGCGGUAAUUUCUGCUAUUUGCGAGACACUGAUUGCGGCAGAGGACAGACUGAACGAUCUAGAUAAGUCGGGCGGAGAUGGUGACUGCGGUACAACCCUGAAGCGAGGGGCAGAAGCGAUCCUUCGUUCCCGUGCUGGACUGGUUGCCAUGGGAGCUGGCCAGAUGCUGGGCGCCCUCUCCGGCACGGUGGAGCAGAGCAUGGGCGGUUCCUCGGGUGGGCUUUACAGUUUGUUCCUUACCGCGGCAGCUAGACAUCUGGACCCUAUUCCGAGUGCUGACCAGUGGAUGAAGGCGUUAGGUGCAGGGAUCGACGCUGUACGCAGGUAUGGAGGAGCUAAGCCAGGAGACAGAACAAUGCUCGACCCACUCCACGCCGCGUGGAUCACAUUGAAGCAGGCACAAGAGUUUGGAGCGAAACCACUAGGGAGAACACACUUCCAACAUGCUUUGAAGGCUGCAGAAGAUGCGGCAGCAGGGACGUCAUCAAUGGAAGCCCGGGCGGGCAGAGCUAGUUACGUCAACCGGGCCCUAGUCCAGGGACCGGACCCUGGGGCAGAGGCAGUGGCCGCUUGGCUACGUGCAGCGUUCGGGGCGUUUUACGGGAAAUGAGGCGAAACCAGGAUGCUGAAAUUGCCGUUAUUUAGAAAGUGUACAGCGGAAUUAAUUUUAAUGUCAUUAGGCCUACUAUCAUUAAGGGGGAAUGAAAGUUGUAAGAAAUUUGACAUUCUAUUCAUCAUAGUCUCAUGAAUUGUGUCUGGGCUGACUCAUAGAUUGCUUUGAUUAUUAAUGACAUUCAGUUCAACCUCGAAGAAAAAAAAAACUUUUUUGUUUACUACAUUAUACUAAUUGCGACAAACAGAACUGUGGCCCCUGGGCUUUCAUGUCAAGCAUUCGUUUUUUUUUUAUGAAGGCAGGUGUAAUCGUUAUGGCCAAGGAAGAGUCAAUUUGUCAAAUGACAUUCUCAUAUUCUUUGUGGCCCAAGUAAAUUAAAGCUGGGCCCGGUCGAAAGGUGAAAUUGCUUCGGCGUAUUGCACGGCACGCAACGUGCCAAAGAAUCAUUAGAUAAGAUGUCAAACCGGUCAAUAUCUCAACAUGGUGAAGUAAAGUUCCUCUUGCUUCUAGGAUAUUCCUAAAUCAUAUGCACGAGCUACAAAUCAUACAGACCACCUGUAGCUCGUAGCUCAGAUGUAAUUGUAGAGUGACAGAUCAUAAAAGCCUGUUCAUACUUCAAACAAACGCAAAAAUAAGCGAAUUAGACGUCACAAAACAUUUGAAGUAAAGGACGCAAAAAGUGGUCGACGCAAAAAGUGGUCGACUUCAGCAAAUUCAGAGCCCAAAUAUUUGUUGAGAUGUUACAACUUCGCGUUCGUGAAGCAUGAACAUGCCUUAAAGAGACCAUAAUUAUAAACGAAAUAUUUUACCCAAAUCCUUGAAAUUACACUUUCGUGUUUCAAUAGAACCUUGUUGUCAAUUUUUGUUUUGCUAUUUUCUUCAGUAUAUGUGACCUUGUUUAUUUUGUGCUAAUAUGAAUUUGGAUAUUUAUGCGCAAAAACCGAUGCAAUCCGAGGCACUUAACCUCGCUGUUGCAUUGAUUUGUGCACUAAAAUUAUAUACUUUUUGUA